CAUUGCUUGUUUUCCAGGACUCCUCGCAACAAGAACUACAAAGAAAGUUUACUUCACUGAAGACGGACAUUUUGUAACGAGAAAGCAAGAUGGCUAGGUUGGUACAGCCUCCUCCGAAAUACACCCCAGAAGAAUGGCACGCUUCGAAUCAUCUUCAAUACUUCAACGCCGAGCACGAGCGAGCCGCGGCUGAGAGGCUUCGCGACGAAAGCCUUCGACUCGCUCAUGAGACCGAAGUCAGAACAAGACAGACUCAACUGGACGUGAAUAAGAAGCUCGAUCAACGCAUCACAGAUAUAAACUUUUGGAAAUCGGAAUUAGAUCAGAAGCAGGAAGAAACAGAAGAUGAAAUCUCUACUAUGCUUCAGUUCAAGGCUAGGGUAGAAAAAGCCUUAGCGGACACAGAACUGCCGCUUAUGAUAGCCCAACAAUGUCUUGCUAACAGAGAGAAGAGAAUGAAAGUUGAUCUCGUCCACGACAAUGUGGAAAUGCAGCUUCAGAAGGAAGUGGAAGUCAUUGAGGGCGUUCAGGCUUUACUACAGAGGACUCUUGAGCAAGCAACAGAGCAAAUAAGGCUUUUGAGGUCAGCUAAAUAUUAUCUGGACAAAGACAGGAAGGACAAAUUCCAAGCUCACGGAAUUGACAAUAAGUGUGCAUCUCUAGAAAAUACUUCUGCUGGGUUACAUUUUGCCAAAGGUGCUGUCAAAGUGGAAAAGAACUCUGUUACUCCAGACGAAUGGGAAGAUUUUUCCAACAAGAACAUUCUCAAGGCAGAACGUGAGAAAAACUCUGCCAUAAAUCUACGCAGCAUUAUAGACGGCAUCCUUAUACAGACCUUGAGUGAUCUUCAGGCUCAGUGUCAAGCUGUAAACCUUGCAUUCCAGAAGAGAAUUGAGGAGACUGUUGAAGCAAAGACAAAACUUGAGCAACAUUUAGCAAAGGUGGGUUACACCUGAUCAUGCAUUUGAAUGUCUUCUAGUGUAGGCCCAGUGGGGCUUGGGGGGUACUCCCAGAAAAGUUGGGUGGGGGUGUGCGGCCUGCUUCC